AGCACCGCUGGCAUCUUCCCCCCUGCUUCCACUGAUCUCACUACCAACUCCUCGGGCAUGCUCAGACUCUCGAACAGAUUCACAUUCAGGUCUACUCUUUCUCCCGUGAGCACAGAAUCCACUUUGGUCGUCUGAACGCUUCUUCUGACGUACAUCAUGUACCGUUCAGGUAAACCAGAUGGCCCGGAGCCGCCCCGCUUCUUCUACCGCGCCUCGCAAGGCAGACGUGCCUCCAGGUUACGUCGCUGACCCCUCAAAAGGUCGCAUGCUCGCAUACCAAGACUCCCUUCCCCGUUUACCCGUCCCCACCCUCGCUUCUACCACCGCCAAGUACCUCGAGACCGUCCGUCCCCUCGUCACCCCUGCCGAGUAUGCAGCCACCGAAGCGGCCGUACGCGAUUUCGCCAAGAGCCCGUUGGCUGCUGAACUGCAGAAGCGUCUCGAGGCCCGUGCUGCAGAGCCGGACCAGCGCAACUGGCUCGCGGACUGGUGGAACGAGGCGGCGUACAUGGGCUACCGCGACCCGGUCGUGGUGUUCGUGAGCUACUUCUACGUCCACGUCGACGACAUGCGUCGGAGGACGCCAGCGAAGCGCGCGGCGGCGCUCGUCAAGGCGAUGCUGCCGUUCCGACAGCUUACCGAGAGCGGGGAGCUUGAGCCUGAGAAGGUGAGGGGCGCACCGCUGUGCAUGGACUCGUACAAGUGGCUCUUCCACUCGUCGCGCUACCCAACCAAGCCUUCCGAUACCGCUCGCAAGUUCGACCCGAAAACGCACAAUCACGUCGUAUUUGUUCGCAAAAACAAGUUCUUUGAGGUGCCGCUGGCUGGUCCUGAUGAGCGUGAGCUGAGUGCUGCUGAACUGGAAGUUCAAGUUGAGCGCGUCAUUCAACAGGCUGGCGAGAACAAGGGUGCCCCCAUCGGUGCAUUGACCAGCGAGAAUCGUGAUAUUUGGACGGAGGCCCGCGAGGCUCUUAUUGCCGCUUCGCCUGAAAACGCCAAGUCUCUCGAGCGUAUCGAGAGCGCAGCGGUCAUCGUAUGUCUAGACGAUACCAAGCCCGUUACCCGCGAAGACAUCUCCUGGGCAUGCUGGGUCGGUAACGGUCGCAACCGCUUCUAUGACAAACACCAGUUCUUGGUUUUCGAUAAUGGCCGGUCCGGAUUCCUUGGCGAGCACUCCUGCAUGGACGGCACGCCUACUCUCCGCAUGAACGAGUUCAUCCUCGCCUCGCUCGCCGCCAACAAAGCUGACCUCGGCGCCCCGCGUGACGCCUCGACAGGCUCCUCGCUUCCCGCGCCCACGGAGCUCACCUUCAAGCUCGACGGCAAAGUCACCAAGUUCGUCGACGAGGCGUGCGAGCACUUUGACGCGCUCGUGGGGCGACACGACAUGCACGUGCUGCACUACGAAGGGUACGGCAAGGACCUGAUGAAGAAGUUCAAGGCGUCGCCGGAUGCGUGGGCGCAGCUGGUGAAGCAGCUCGCGUUCCACAAGAUGGAGGGGCGCCCGGCUGUGACGUACGAGUCGUGCCAGACGCGCAAGUUCCAGCGCGGGCGCACGGAGGUCAUCCGGAGUGCGAGCAACGAGAACAAGGCGUGGGCGGAGGCGAUGUUGAACCCUGAUGUUUCGGAUACUCGUCGUGCCACUCUCUUCCGUCAGGCAGUCAGCCGCCACUUGCAGUAUGCUGCGUGGGCGGCAGAUGGCCAAGGCGUCGACCGUCACCUCUUCGGUCUCAAGAAGAUGUUGAAGGAGGGCGAGUCGCUUCCGAAGAUCUACGAGGACCCCUCGUUCAGCAAAUCGAGCCACUGGGAGCUCUCAACGUCGCAGCUGUCGAGUCGGUUCGUCGACGGCUGGGGUUAUGGCGAAGUGGUGGAGGACGGGUAUGGUCUGUCGUACUCCAUCGACGACCAUUAUAUCCGGUGGACGAUCACCUCGCUCAAGCGGAACACCGCCGAGCUCAAACAUUACCUCGCUGAGGCGGCGACGGAGGUCAGACAGAUGAUGGAGCGUGCGGCUGCUGAGGAGGCUAAGGCUGCUGAGGGCAAGGCGAAGCUCUAAGCGGCAGACGGGGGGCCUUUGGCAAGUUUGAGCGUGGGUACUGCAGAGAGAAUAUAGUAUCUUGAUGUAUGGAAGUGGUUAUUGAGGCCGAUGCAGGAUCUUCUUUAUGACGC